CAAGUUAUAUACUCACCUAACCCCUUUCCCCGUACGUCAACUUGUACCUCUGUACCUUCCUCCAUCUUUGUUCUUGUAAGACACAAAAGAAAGUGAAAGAAAAUCAGGAAAGUGAAGAUAACAACACUCACACAAGAAAGUGAAAGAAAAUCAAGAAAGUGAUAUUUUCCAUCAUGAAGCUUGUUUGGUCUCCAGAAACUGCCUUAAAAGCUUACAUAGACACUGUUAAAUCCGUAAGCACCGUUCAACCUCAACAACAAUGUGAGAAAUUCAAGGAAUCCGGAGUAGCUGAGCUUCUAUCAUCCAUGGCAGCCGGAUGGAACGCCAAAUUCAUCGUAGAAUGUUACUCCCACGGCGGUCCAAUAGCCGCAAGUGUUGGCCUAGCGGUUGCUGCUCGCAACACGGGUGCAAGACACGUGUGCAUAGUCCCAGAUGAAGGGUCAAGAUUACAAUACACAAAAGCCCUAGCCGAGAUGGGUGUAACCCCGCCACCGGAGAUAGUUCACGGUGAAGCGCAGACGGUGAUCAAAAGUCUUGAUGGGUUGGAUUUUCUUGUGGUGGAUUGUAGGCUUAGGGAUUUUGCUAGGGUUCUUAAGGUUGCAAAAGUGAGUACUAGAGGGGCAGUUUUGGCAUGUAAAAAUGCAUGGCAAAGGUCAAAUGUUUCUUGGUUUAAAUGGAAUAUGGUUCUUGAAAGAGGCACACGUGUGGUUAGAUCGGUUUUUUUGCCUGUUGGAAAGGGUUUGGAUAUUGCUUACAUAGGAAGUAGAAUUGGUGGGGGUGCAGCUUCAAGUAGUGCUUCAAAGAGUACUCCUAGCCGUUGGAUCAAACUCAUAGAUCAAAAAUCAGGAGAAGAACAUCUCUAUAGAGAGUGAUAUGUUUAAUUUUUUUAAUCUUAUAAUUUAACAGUUAAGGGUCGUAUUGUACGUUAUAUAUGUGAAUAUUAUAAAUAAAAUAUAGGAAUAUGCUUAUUGAUGAAGCAUAUAAUUUUGUAAAAUAUUUAGUUUGACAUGAGUUUAGAGAUCAAGUUUGUGACUCGGUUUGAGAUUAA